AUGAAGAGCCAGAUCACCUUCAUACCUGCUGACUCUGACUUCCAAGGCAUCCUGGCCCCAAAGGCGCUGGGCCUGCUGGAGAAUGGGCUUGCUGCUGAGAUGAAGAGCCCGCAGCCCCCAUAUGUCAGGCUGUGGGAGGAAGCCGCCUAUGACCAGAGUCUGCCUGACUUCAGCCACAUCCAGAUGAAGGUCAUGGGCUACCGUGAGGACCCUCGCCCGCUGCUGGCCCCCCAGCUGGGACAGCUGCAGCUGGGAGCCAGUGAUGGAGGAGAAGGUGGCCCCCAUGAUGCUCAGGGCUGGAUGGAGGCUGCAGUGGUCAUCCACAGGGCCUCAGAUGAGGACGAGGGAGAAAGCAACCUGACUCCGAGCAGGCCUGGCCUCCAGGCCUGUCCCCAGGGACCUGUACCCUUGGCUUCCUUCCAAGAUGACCUGGACGUGGCCUCCGAUGAGGGCAGCAGCCCCAACCCCUCUCCACCAGAGGGGGAGGAGCCUCGCUGCCCGCCUCGGGAGCUCCGGGCCUGCAAGUGCCGGCUGGACCGCUUCCAUGACUUUGCCCUGAUCGACGCCCCCACGGCAGAGGGUGCGUCUUCAGGGGGCCAGCGGCAGGACACUGCCCUGUCCAGCUGCUGGCAGCCAUCCCGGGGGACGAAAGAGGAGGAAGAGAAGGCUUCAGACCCAGGUUCAGAGCAGUCAGAGCGGGAAGAGGAAGACUUGUACUAUGGGCUGCCGGACAGCCCUGGGGACUCCCUCCCGGACGAGGAACUGGGCUUUGUGCCCGAUGCCCAGGCCUGAGAUGCAUCUGCUCCCUGGGUUCUAGCCCCGCACCACUGCUAACCCCCAUGUGACCUCAUAGGGCCUCAGUGUUCCUGUCUGUGAAAUGGGGUUAUGUGGAGGUUCAUGCGAGACAGCGGGCCUGAGAGCACUUGAAGUGCUCAAAGUGGUGCAUGGGGAUGGGGUGCUUGCUGUCCGGGCUCUUCCACUGUUCACUUUCUUUGGGGAAGCAUUGAAGGUAAAAUAUGAUUCACUGAGAAGAAUUGCAGCUGCUGGGGCCCUCGAGAGCCUUUUCCGCCUUCCCACAAAGCAGGCCUCUGAACAAGACCCUCCUUGGUGCUACCCCCAAGGCCCUGAUCCUCUGUGAAGGUCUCUCA